UUUGUCGUAAAGUUCAUAGGUACAAACGGUUGUUUUUCCAAUUAUCUUUUAUAGUGUCUCGUAAUUGGCCACAAGAUUACACUGUCUCCAGAGUAUGAUGGGUGGUAAAUAGUAGUUUUGAGGAACAUGGCAUGUGCGUUUAGUGUGAAUAGAGAAGCCUUGGGCAUUUAGUUUCAACAAUGCACGGUUGCUGUAAUUUUUUUCUUAUGUUGACACCAUUGAAAUUCUUAAAUUGUCGUCACUACGUAUUAAGCUAACCUUACCCACACAUGCAAGCUGAAGAAAAAGAAAAGAAAAUGUGAGUGUGAACAGAGAGGGAACGAGAAGAUAAGGAGGAGGGUGCUGGGCUUCCCUUGCCGUUGCUACCACCGCAUCAAGAACACAUACACAGAUGCGGGGAACGAGGGGUCUCUGCCACUGCCAUGGCUGUCGCCCUACUUGCUGCUGCCGUCGCCAUCGAGCUUGAAGAAAGACGAUGCCGAGAUGUCAUUGAGCCACUGUUACCGCUGCCUUGCUCCUGCUCUGUCCGAGCCCAUGUUCUGUCCUAUCCAUUGCUAUUGCCGUCGUUGAAGCUUGCCAUAUCUGCCACACCACUGUUCUGGUCCUAUUUCACUUCCUACUUUGAUUUGCUUCGUCGUAGCCGAGCCUUGCCACUCCCCUAUUCCCCGAAAAACAUGUCGGAGCUUACAAACUUGCCAACAACAUCGCCCUUGCCCCUCCUCUUUUCUACUUCAGCUGCUACGAUUUUGUCCCAGUCGAAGCUGCUGUUCACUGUUGCUGACACUGUUAUUUUUGGCUUUGUUUCCGAUUCCUACGAGUUUUGACAAAUUAAGGUAUUUUCUGGCUGAAAUUGAGGGACCUGAGCAAAAAUCUGAUUCAGAGACUAAAAAGGACUGCAGAUGCUGUUGGAUUCUGACCUCCCUGCACUCGAAGCGGAUUUUCUGGAGCUACAGAAGCCCAAUUGGCGCGCUCUCAACGGCGUUGGAAAGUAGACAUUCUGGGCUUUCCAGCAAUAUAUGAUAGUCUAUACUUUGCCCAAGAUUU